AAUGCUUCUGCAAGUAGGUGUCAGACUCUUUCCUGCGCCAUCAAGGCAGCCUGAAGGCAGUUUUGGAUAAAAGUCCUGAAUCUUCCAUUUCCCCUGUACCUCGCUUCUACACUCUUGUCCUGCUUUGCCACCAAUCCUUACCUUCCACACGAUAAACACAUCUCCUGCCGUGACACGUGGAUGCACAGCCAUGCCACCUCUCCCCCACUUAACGUGCUCCACGGGGCGACCGCAACGCAUCUUUCCGGGUACAUUCCUUCAACCUCUCUGACCGGCCGGACACUGCAGCAACCCUCGGAUCCCUUCGUCCCGUUUCCUCCGACUUCGCUCGCGAAUUUGGUUUCUUUUUUUCCGAACCUCUGUCUCGGUAGGUGAUGGCGAGGGGAAGCUCGCAGACGUCGUCGUCCCCCGGGGGGACGGCGCGGCCGACGACGGUGGGACCGCGGGGGAUGCCGGCGGGGAUGAGGAGGCGGAGGCUGGGCGGCGGCGGCGGAGGGGGAUCCGCUGGUGGGGGAUUCGGCGGGGCCGGGGGGAGCAACAUGCUGAGGUUCUACACCGACGACGCCCCCGGGCUCAAGAUGACGCCCACCGUCGUGCUGGUGAUGAGCCUCUGCUUCAUCGGCUUCGUCACGGCACUCCACGUCUUCGGUAAGAUCUACCGCUACCGAUCCUCCGCCACCGGCAGUUCUUGAUCCACCGCCGACGGUGCCUGCGGCCGAGCCGCGCGAGCAACACACGUACGCGGCUGCAAAAGACCAAGGUCUUAUGCUCUGUCUUCUUUCUGGGAAAUUGUCUUUGUUUGGUGCUUUAGUUGGAAGUAUUCCGAUCUUAGGAUUAGAAGAAGAGAGCUUAAGAUUCUUUGUUUUUUUUUUUAAAUGAAUGCAUUGAGGUAGGUUGAUCUUUUUCUGUUUAAUUUGCUAACUUUUUCUUCAAAAGAUCCAUCUUUUUGAUUGCUUUAGUAAAUCUGCUACAAGGGGUUACUCUUAA